CAGGCUGCCCCACGAACACAGCCAGGUGCUCUUAUCAGCUGCUCGCACCAUGGCUGGGGAGACAGUCUACGCCGAUCUGAACCUCUCCUCUGGCUUUCCCGGCUCCAGGGCGCCCCUUUCAGCUCAGCCCCUCAGUCCCCAGAGUCCCCGGUGGCAUCGGACAGCGCUGUGGGUCGGAUGGAUUGGGAAUAUUGUCCUGGUGAUUGCUGUGAUAGUGCUGGGGAUUUGGGUUUCCCACUUGGUGUCCGAGAAGGGACAGACCCCGGCAGCCCUGGAUUGCAAUGGAGCCGGGAGCAGAGACCCCAGCACAGCAGAAUGCAGCGCCCGCCUGGAGCAUGUCCGAUCCCAGCUGUGCCCCUCGGCCCCGCCCGGCCCAGCAGGGGGCUCUGGGUGCAAACUCUGCCCCACGGACUGCCAGCUGCGCAGGGACAAGUGCUACUGGGUCAGCAGAGGAAGUAAAACGUGGAGCGAGAGCCGCGCCAACUGCUCAGCGAGGGGCUCCCAGCUGCUGGUGAUCCGGGACCGGGAGGAGCUGGAGUCUCUACAGGCCCUGACAGGAGGCACGUCUCUGUUCUGGGUUGGACUGUUCGUCCCCUCCCCGGAGAAGGCCUGGACCUGGCUGGACGGCUCCCGGCUGGAUCAGACCCAGUUCCCGGUGUCAGGCCCGGCUGACGGGAGCAGUUGUGGGGUGGUGAAGGGGAAUCGGAUUCAUUCUGACAUCUGCGGCUCUGCACGUCAGUGGAUUUGCCAGAGAGACGCCGUCCCGCUCUGAGCAGGGUCCCACUCUGAGCUCUCUUCCCCAGCCCGGCCAUUGCUCCCGUCCAGCCUGUGACCUGACGCACCUCUGCCCAUCCUGCCCUAAGGGAUCGUUAACUCCUGUCACUAACGAGGGGGUCUCAGCUUCCCCAGUCAGCUGACGUGCUGUCCACUUGCUACCUCCUCAGAGCAUCGCUAAGGGGAUCAGAGCCCCGAUCCCAAACGGGGCCUUUCCCUGCGUGUUGCUGGGUGAUGUCUGGGGUCACUGUCUGUGUCAGAGGAGCAGGGUGGGGAUGCUCGGUGGCAGUGCAGGGAGCACCCCGGGGAGGGCUGGGGGCUAACGAACGCCCUGGUACUCAGGGGCCCGGCGGCCCAGGAGGAGAUGGACUGGGAAAGCUGGAGGGCA